CUUCCAUUUUAUUCAAAAACCCAGUCAAGCGACUAACACGACGAAGAGGAGAAGAGCGUUUUCUUAUUUUUCUUCUUCGAUUGUGGCAUAUUUGGGCUAAAGCAGAUGCAAGCGAUCAAGAGGAUGGCGUCAUCAUCAAACAUUUACAAGUCACCUGCCUUGACGCACGAGCUUGUCGCAAAAUGCUCCGUGAGUCUUACAGUGGUGAUGGCUUCACUCAGCCGAUGAAGCAAGGGUCGAAGGGUCUAAGACUAAUACAUAUAUUUAUACGUAGACAACAAGAGCCCGAGCAUCAAUAUUGACUCUUCCUCAUGGCGUCGUGCAACUUCCUAUGUUCAUGCCUGUUGCAACUCAAGCGUCUCUAAAGGGCAUCACCCCUGAACAGCUUGAAGAGACUGGUUGCCGUUUAUGUCUAAACAACACCUAUCACCUCGGCUUAAAACCAGGACAAGAGGUCUUGGAUGCGAUAGGCGGAGCGCAUAAACUUCAAGGAUGGAACCACAAUAUUCUGACUGACAGUGGAGGAUUCCAGAUGGUCAGUUUGCUAAAGCUUGCAACUAUUACUGAGAAAGGUGUCGAAUUUCUGAGCCCGCAUGAUGGAACACCCAUGUUACUUACACCUGAGCAUUCCAUGUCACUGCAAAACAGCAUCGGCAGUGACAUUAUGAUGCAGCUGGACGACGUCCUUGUCACAACCUCUCCCGACAAAGCACGUAUGCGUGAAGCCAUGGAGCGAAGUGUGCGCUGGUUAGAUCGAUGCAUUGCUGCUCAUAAGAAACCUGAGACCCAAAAUCUCUUCUGCAUUAUCCAGGGAGGUCUUGAUCUCGAUAUGCGACGAGAAUGCUGUCGCGAGAUGUUGGCCCGUGAUACACCAGGUAUCGCCAUUGGUGGACUGAGUGGUGGCGAGGCGAAGGCUGAUUACUGCAGAGUUGUAGCAGCUUGCACAGAACUGCUCCCCGACCUGAAGCCGCGGUACGUCAUGGGCAUUGGCUACCCUGAAGAUCUGGUCGUGAGCGUUGCGCUGGGAGCCGACAUGUUCGAUUGUGUGUGGCCAACAAGAACAGCCCGAUUUGGCAAUGCAGUCACAAAACAUGGCGUCUUGAACAUCCGUAACAAGAAAUAUGCUACUGAUUUCGGACCUGUCGAGGAGGGUUGCAACUGCAUGGUCUGCAAGCCAACCGCUGAUGGUGGGAUGGGCGUCACUCGAGCAUUUGUCCACCACAACGCCUCAAAAGAGACGGUGGCGGCGCAUUUGCUGACCAUUCACAAUGUCUACUAUCAAUUGAACCUUAUGCGGCAAAUCAGGGAGGCCAUUAUGGAGAAUCGAUUCCCUACAUUUGUGCGACAGUUUUUUGCUUGGCUUUAUGCGGAUAAAACAGAGUAUCCCGAAUGGGCAGUUGGAGCAUUGAAGGGGGUCAACAUCGAUUUGACAACGGAAUAGAAGGCAUAUACAGCAAUCAAGAGGCGCUGGUAGAUAAAAAAAAAAGUGAAUUAUGAAUCACGAAUAUGAUUCUAUAUACGAAAGCGCUUCAAAUGCCAAGGAUAUCCUGAUAAGACUGCGCAUUGUUCAUGAGUUUCCCUACAGCACUUCAUUAAAUAACCCGGAUAAGUCGUUAGAUCCACUACAUCUUCUCGGAAAUUGAAC